ACGUCAUUUGCAAUUAUUGCUGGAUAAAACAUCUACACUCAUUAUUUUGUGUGGGAUUAAAAUGCCGCCUAAAACACGAAAACGGACAGCUGAACAGCGCGAGGGUGGAGAGAAGCGGAAAAAACGGCCCUCUCCGGUACAUCACGAACUAUUGAAGUUGCCGAUUGAGCUCAUCCAUCGCAUCAUGGCUAAGGUGAGCUUUCGGCAGCAGAAACGGAUGCGCAAUGUCUCCCAGAAGUUGCGUGACACGCAGACCGCCUACAUCAUGUACUACCAUCGCAACUACGUCCGCAAAUUGAAGCGCCUAGAGGCGAAGGCGGAGGCGAAUGGGGGUAAGGAUGUUGAUGUUGAUGUUAAAAGGAUGAAGUCAGUUCUAUCUCUAUUGCAUAUUUUAGAUCAGGCCACCAGCUUCUACGUAAGCGCCGGCUAUUAUUCGCAGUUCGCCAACAAUUUGCUUCCGUUCCACGCAAAACUCGAGAUGGGACAGGAAGGUAUUGAAGUGCUGAGAUCACAUAGGUUUAUCGACCACUUCUACGACGAAUUCGAGCGUGUUCCCUCAACCUUUAGUGACAAAGAGACAACCGUGAUGCACUUGCGCCUUAUUUACACCGUUACAUUAUUAAAUUUACUGCGCAAAUUUCGGUAUUUUCGUAUUCUGAGGUUCGAAAACUCAAUCAUGCAUUUCAAAAUUGCUUUGGAAGUAAAAGACGCAUUUAUAGGCGUCAUUUUUGAAAGUAUGACGGCGCGCCAGUUCAGCUCGCGGCGCGGUUUGCGCGUGGCAUUUAUUUCCAUAGUUAACCAGCUGUUGGAACAGGAACAAUUAUAUUACGGAGUUAACGGCUCGUAUCAGUACGUUGCAAAAAUGAAUGGUAUCUUCCAUUAUGGCUUGGAAAGGACACGGGCCAGACGGUGUACCCGCCUUAACCUGAUUUUUAGCGUUCUAGCUCCGCGUAGUGUUUGUCAUCUAUUAAGGGAUGCCAUUCAUGGACUCGUUGAUCCGGAUAAGCCAAUUCCUCUAUUGAACACGGCAGUAUUCAACGUGCGCUUGGAUGUGAAGAGCGUGAGAAGUCUAGAAUGUGUUGAAGAUCAGGACUAUCACAUAAAUAUAACGUAGUUUUAGAGUAAAAGCUUGCAACAGUCCAAGUUGGAAAGUCGUGUUUUUAGAGAUUAUUACAUGGUUCAUGAAAAUCGCCUAUUUCGCUUUUCAAAAUCAAAGAUGUAUGCAAAAUAAUUCAAUGUUUCUGAAAUAUAUUCCAAUUAUGUAAAAUCACUUAUUGUUAAAAAAGAAAACAAAAAUAUAUUUUAACAUUAUGGUUAUCCA